UUGGUGCACGGGCCUGAUCUCGUGUAUCUCAGGGUUCUAACAAAGCGAAAGCGGCUCGGUGUGUGUGCGUCUCUCCCCUGCCUCCUUGUCUUACUCUAUCGACGGCUUAUCCCUCUCUUUGCUCUUUUAAAAACUUUUAUUUGGUUGAAAAUGAUAAUGAUCUGUUGUGAAAAACGCGAGAGAAACCAACUGUCAAAUGUGUCACCUUAGUUGGCAGUAAUUGUUUCCAGAGACUUUUACUUGUCGUUAGUUGUUGUCAAGUGAGAGUCGAGUAGGAAUAGAACGAGUGCUGUUCUAGAGAAGAAAGUGCGUCGGUGUGUGCAAUUGCUUGUUUGUUUGCCUUUUGUAGCCUAAUGGGUGUGAUAUUGUAAACAGAUUGAUAAAAAGUGAUGGUGAUUUUUAGUUUAUAAAACUUAACAAAGAAAUGGCAAGCACUAUCAAAGGAUUGGUUAGUCGCAAGAAGAAGCGCUACAAGGAAGAUGGGUUUAAUCUAGAUUUGACUUAUAUAUUUGAAAAUGUGAUUGCCAUGGGAUACCCAGCUGCUAAGCUGGAAGGAGUCUAUCGAAACCACAUUGAUGAUGUCUUCAAGUUUCUAGAGACUAAACACAAAGAUCACUACAAGAUAUAUAAUUUGUGUUCAGAGCGUUCCUAUGACUGCAGUAAAUUUUACAAUCGAGUCUCUUCCUUUCCAUUUGAUGAUCACAACCCUCCAAAAUUGGGUUUGAUUGAGCCAUUUUGUAAUGAUGUUGAUGAAUGGCUGGGUCUUGAUCCAUUGAAUGUUGCAGUUGUUCACUGCAAAGCUGGGAAGGGAAGGACUGGUUUGAUGAUAUGCUGUUACAUACUACAUCGACGUUGGGCGGAAAAUGCAGACGAAGCCCUUAAACAUUAUGGGCAGACCAGAACGCACGACACCAAAGGUGUUACCAUACCUAGCCAGAGACGCUACGUCGAGUAUUAUGAUCAAUUACUCAAAGCGGGCGGUCCGGGUUAUUCGUUGUGCCCUCUCGAGUUGCGUCAAAUUCGCCUGGAGCCUAUACCCAAUAUGAGUGGCGGAUGUGUUCCCGUUUUGACCAUACAUGAGGCGGAAAGCCAGCAAGAAUAUAAUCCGCCUAUCGAGCUGACCAAAGUCGGACGCGUGCUACGCAUUACCUUGAAAAAGCCGCUGAGCCUAAAGGGCGACGUGCGGGUGAUCCUCAAAAACAAACCCAACGUGAUAAUGAUGAAGGAAAAGAUGUUUCAUUUUUGGUUCAACACCUAUUUCGUCAAAGACCAAGCUCUCUUCCCACCGUCACCGUCCCCAUCGCCUCGUCGAACUUUAAAUGAGAAAAACGAAUUUUCGUCCAACGGACUGGACAGUACAGCAUCUCUGACUAAAGCUGAAGGACUAGCUUUAAAAAAUCGAUGGAUAGGCUCAUUAAUCGAACGACCUGAAGGCUCUGGAAACUGCCCAUCAACCAACCAUCUCAGCCCGAACAUGGUCUUAUUGUCUAGUUCAUCCAGGGCAUCAUCUUUGAAUUCAGUAUAUUCAGAAAACUCCUCUGCGACUACCUCGGAGCCAAAACAAUGGCUCAGUGUAACAUUAGUUAAACGAGAGCUAGAUAAAGCUUGCAAAGAUAGCAACAAUAGAAUUUUUGCGUCGGAUUUCAAGACUACGUUGUACUUCACUCGUCCUGGUCAGGUGCCUUUGAGCAUCGUUGGAAGUCUACCCAAUAUGGAUUCUGCCGCUCGAGCUAACCGCAGUAGCAUGGCUGCUAUAAAUUGCAGUCCUGCCAUCCCGCGCUUUCCCUCGGCCACUUCUAACGGAUCAAGCCGACCAAAAACUAUUGCAACAGGUGGUGCCAACCGAUCGGUAAAAUUAAGCUCACCUCAAAACCUCGGUCUUCUCGGGCCAAUUUGCUGGAGACCUGAUAAAUCAACCGAGGGGCAAGUGAAGAUUAGUAAACUUGAAGAAGUUGAAAAACAUGACCAAUUACCUCGCCAUUCGGAUUCAAGCCAGACGUGGAGUUCAGAAAAUGAUAGUUCAGAUAUAGAAGGAUCAGAGCGAAACCAAUUCCAGUCGCCAGUGAGCCAGGAGCAGGACGAAGCUGAGCAAGAUGACACUUACACAUCUUCGGAAGCUGUUGGUCGCUAUCGGUUACUCUCCUUUUCGGCUUGCACCUCUGGUGGUUCUCAAGGAAUAGGGCGUACGAGUCCAACAUCUGUCGAUCCUACGCUGAAAGGUUGGACUUCCACCUGAAUAGCAGCAUGCUGAUUUGGUUCCUCUUUUCUCUUUGUUGGCACAUUUCUGUAUUACUCUCCUGCCCCAUAAGGGAUUUUUUUUUCCUGCCCCCUUUGCGAAUCCAAUCGGAAACGAUCAGUUAGUGCUGGCCUGAGCGAUAAUUUCCUACCCGGUGUCGCUUGCUUAGAGAGACAACAUUUUCGAAAUAUGCGCAAAAAGAAAUUUUGCAUUUUAACGUAUCAUUUGUACUCGGUAUGUUGCGAUUUUGCAACAGGACGUAAGCGAUCACUGUCUUGGGUUAUAGGUCGCGUUUAUUGUUCCCUUUCGUAUCCCCUUUGUUUCUAUGGUUCUAAAUUUUUGAAUUAGUUUUUUGUUUCUCUAUCUAAUUGGAUCGGCUAAAGGGUUGGAGCCUUAUCAUCAUGCUCCCCUUCACAUUAUCUUUGGUCCCUCAUUAUUAUUUUUUUUUUUUUUCACCUUGUUGCGCAACAAAUCCUCCCAGUUCUUGUUUAAUCUUUUUUCAUUGUUGGAAUAAACAUGUGACCUGGAUCUCCCUAAACAUAAGAGACACCAUCAAAAAUUGGCGUCAAAAGUUGGAAAUUUUUUUUCCUGCACUUCGUUAUUAAUUAGUUCAAUUGGUAC